AUGGCCUCAACACGCAUCUCUGCCCUCCGCCUCCUCCCCCACGGCGCUCGCAGGGCCGUCCCGAGGCCAUCCCCCUCGGCAGACCGCUACCUCGCCAUACACCACUUCUUCACCCAGAACGCCAUUCGUCCCACUCCACAGCCCACGCUCCAAAGCAUCUCCAGGCGGUGGCAAUCAUCCAAGCCUGGAUCUUCCGGCUCAAGAUGCGACGACUGUACUCGAGCACCGCCACCGAAUCCCGACAACCCCUCACCUUCACAGCCAGGCCACGCGCAGGACUAUGCGCCGUUCAUCCAGAGACUCAUACAGCAGUCGAAAGCGAUAACCCCGAAUUCGCCGCAUAGACCGAGCAAGGAGCAGCUGUUAGAUGCUGCAAAUGGGUGGUGGCAGAGGAUGCGGAUACGGCUCAAGUGGUUCACCAUUAGAGGAUGGAGACGGUUCAAUACGGAUGACAUGAGUGCUUUCGCAAGUUGGUUCUUGGUCGGGAACACUGUAUGGAUUCUGGUGGGAACCACAACCUUUGUCUCGGUCAUCUUUGCCCUCGCAAACUCCCUCUCCCUCGCCGAAUACCUGGCCCGCUGGCUCUCAGACUACAUGACUGCCAAUACCGGUGUUACUGUCAUCUUUGAAUCGGCCAUCGUACCCAAAUGGGGAUCCUCCCUCAUCACAUUCAGAAACGUCUACGUCUCCCAGCGCUCGUCCCAGAGCGAGCCCACAUCUCCGAGUACCAAGAAGAAGAUCAAGGCUGCAACUGCCAAGCCUCCUGCGCCCAUCCCCUUUCUCUCUUCCGCCCUUGCACCAGAAGCAUACCUCGCUGCUCCACCCGCACCGCCCGAAGACAACUACACAAUGUACGACAUCAAUAUCGACCAGGUCGAAGUGUCCCUCAGUCUUAUGCGAUGGCUGGACGGCAAGGGUUUGGUCAAGGAUGUGAAUAUCAAGGGGUUGAGAGGGGUGGUGGACAGAAGAUCAGUAUGGUGGGACUUGUCGAAACCGCUCGACCCUGUCGACUUUAGGCAUGCUACCCAGCCGGGCGACUUUGAGUUUGAAUCUUUCACAAUGGAAGAUGCUCUUGUCACGAUUUACCAGCCCGGCGGGCAGAGGCCGUUCAACGUUUCGAUAUUCAACGCUGUUCUUGGAUCGCUGCGCAAACGAUGGUUCUUUUAUGAUAUGAUGAGUGCCGAGGGCAUCACGGGGCAAUUUGACAACUGUUUAUUCAGCUUGCAUAUGCCGCAGAAGCUGGGAAAGGUUGCCGAGAAAGAGGGGAGCAAAGUCAAGAGAAUGGCUCGUUUCCGAAUCGAUGGCCUUCCUAUAGAACAUGCCCAAUACGCCUCUGGCUACGUCCCUCCCAUGUCCUGGCUCACCUCCGGCAAACUCGACGCUGUGCUCGAUAUCAAGUUCCCUCACCACCCCGACGACCAAGUCGACCUGCACGCCCUAUUUGCCGAGAUUGGUCGCAACGUCGCUACCAUCAGCCACGGAGUGCACCCUGAUGACCCGGAUGACGAAAAGCUCAAAAAGGCCAUCGAAGCUGCCGAAAGUUCCUUGUUGGUGGGGGUCAUCCCAGGGCAGCAUAGGCUUGCAAGGCCGGCCUUGAGGGCUCCCGCAAGGGCAUUGGCGCGAGCAAAGAAGGAAGAGGAGGAAAGGAGGUUGGUGGUGGAUAUUGAUCUGAGGUUCCGUGACCUCAAGGCGGCGGUGCCGUUGUAUACUACCGACCUGAGUGUCACCAAUAACGCGUUGUUCAGGCCUAUCGUCGCCUUCAUCAACGCCAACAAGACACUGGUGCCCAUUCACUGCCAAGUUGGGGCAGAUUUGAACGACUUUGAUGGUUCAUGGACCCUGUUUGAGACGGGUCUCAUGACCUCCAUAUCUGAUCAAAUCUACGACGCCCUGGCACACCACGUCUCCUCCGAGGCUGCCAACCAAAAACGUCUGCGUCAAGUCAGCGUAUGGGGUAUCCAACGAGGAGCGGAAGCGUUGGUGGAUAUUCUGCGAGGAGUGGUAGACCCUCUGCAUGCGCAGAUGGCAAGCAUAUGA